CAUUGUUACGGACGGACAGAGCUUUAAAGAAUAGCAAUUCUGGAACUUGGGAAGUGGAGUGGAAGCCAAUAAAAGAAGCACCUUUCCUCCCUCUCCCUCUCCCUUGCCUCGGCCUUUGAUGGCGUGGAAGCAAUUACUUUGAGCCUUGCGUGCCGGAUUACUCCUGGAACAGGUUCCCCUCCAAUAAGAGACCCUCUUUUGCUGCUCUCCUCCCCUGUUUCUGGUUUAGUUGAGGACUGGACUGGUACUGUUCUUGUUUGCUUUGCCUUGUGUCUUUUGGAGUUCAUGAGGAGAGGGGAGUGGAGGAAGAAGGGAGGAAGCCCAACGAGUGAAGCUGGGAAAGGUAGGGGAGCUGCUGGGGAUCUUCGACUGCAUCAAUGAAGUCACCGCAGCGAUCGCGGCAGCAUCAUCGGCGGGGAUGAGCGAGCGGGCAUGCCAGGUGGAGACCACGCCGCGGCUCGCGCAAUGGAGGAUCGAAAGCCUCGCCUCCUGCACCUACCGCAAGUCCGACCCCUUCAAGAUCGGCCUCUGGAACUGGUAUCUUGCAGUGGAGAAGAGUAAACAACUGUCUGUGAAGCUGUUCCCUGAGGUUUCAAGCCUCACGAGGGAGCAGCCGCCCAUUGCCUCCUUCGUCAUCAAGGUUGUCUCCCCAUCAUCUCCAAACCGCAAGACGCUCAUCCAUCCAGGAAUCCGGGACAGGCAGCUGAAGAACAGCGACGACUUUGUAUGGGCAAUCGACACCCUGCUCCCCGGCAGAUUCAUAAUCGACGUUGAAUUCCUUGAUCUAAAGAUUGUGCCGUCAUCAGGUGGCGAGCCUUCUUCAAUUUGGGGCAGCUACCAGGUCGCGAAGCACUCGGCGGCCACCGCCCUCACCACUUUCGGCCGGAUGCUGGCCGACGGCAUCCACACCGACAUCACGAUCAACGCCAGGGGCGGCAGCAUCGGCUCGCACCGCGCCGUCCUCGCGGCGAGGUCGCCCGUCUUCCGCAGCAUGUUCUCGCACGACCUCAAGGAGAAGGAACUCUCUGCCGUCGACAUAUGCGACAUGUCCUUCGAGGCUUGCCGGGCCUUCCUCGACUUCAUCUACGGAAACUUCCAGGCCGACGAGUUCCUCGGCCACCGCCUCGCACUCCUGCGAGCGGCCGACAAGUAUGACCUAUCGGACCUGAAGGAGGCGUGCCACGAGAGCCUUUUGGAAGACAUCGAUGCUAAGAACGUGCUCGAGAGGCUGCAAACCGCCCACCUCCACCGUUUGCCUGAGCUGAAGAGCAGCUGCAUGAGGUACCUGGUGGCCUUCGGAAAGAUCUAUGAGCUCGGUGAAGAUUUCAGUGUCUUCCUGCAGACUGCCGAUAGGGAGCUCAUAGCUGAAAUAUUUCAGGAAGUUCUUGCUGCCUGGAAAGGUUUCUAGUCCACCAUCGAUGACAGAGAGAUCAUGGUAUAUGCUUUGUGUGAGUUCGUCGCAAUCUUUUCUUCUCUGGUUGGGUGUCAUUGUAUGCAGGGGUUGCUGAAAACACUGUACAGGAUUGAUCAUCACAAAAUGUGUGCAUUCUUUUAGAUCGAGAAGAAUAUGUAUGUAUAAUUUGAUUGGAAAAAGGAAGAUCUGCAUCCAUAGUA